AUGAUCUCCAUAGGCACGCACCGCUUGUACACCUCAAUUAGUGGACCUCCUCGUCAACCACGGGAUCCACUCAUCAUCGUGAUUGCCGGUGCAGGCGAUGUCGCAUCAUCUUACACAGCCCUGGUUCCCCUCGUCUCGCAGAGAUCUCAGGUUUUACUAUACGAUCGCUCGGGACUCGGGCAUAGUGAGCCCAGUCCAGGACGGAGUACGGCCGUGAGCCAUGCGCGGGAAUUACACAGCCUGCUCGAUGCCAUGGGGUUGAAACCACCGCUUCUACUAGUUGCGCAUUCUUUUGGGGCUAUCCUUGCCCGCGAGUUCCUCCACUUUUAUGCUGACGAGGUUGCCGGCAUGGUUCUGGCUGAAGGGGCGACGGAAAGGCAAUGUGAUUACUUCAUCAUCCCCGAUGAGAAUAUCAUGGCGGUACUCGGAGAUUUGAACUGGGCCCGGGUUACUGGUCUACGAGAGGAUUCACGGUUAUCCCGAGACGAGUGGCGAGCGCGAGCGAUUGACAUUGCUCGUGGCGCGGCGGCUGCACAGGCGGAGGCAGACUCUUAUGUGGAGGUCUGUCGCACACUGGCCCAAAAAAACCAGUUUCAGUGUCAAGCGAUGGGAGAUAGACCAUUAAGUGUGAUUCGCUGUAAUAGUGCUAGGGAUUAUGCGCGGAUCUAUGAACAGGGCGUGAAGGCUGGGAAUGGAACAGCUCGGCAAAGACAGGCGUUUCGUGAGCUUUUGGAUCAGUGGGAUACCCUUGAUCAGGAGCUGAAAGAGGAGCAGCUGAAGCUGUCCUCGAAUGCCAAGUUGGUGCAUUUGCCCGACUGUGGACACAAUGUGCAUUUGAUUCGCCCUGACGUGGUUAUGGAGGGAAUCGAGUGGGUGCUGGACCAGCUGCAGAGCCCAGAUGUGGAAGAUACGAAGCUCUAA